AGGAGCAGCUCUGUCUCUCUCUGCACUUGUCUCCUCAGUCAAGGAGAAACUAAUUGGAGGAAAGAAUAGAAGAAAGGAGCUGUUGGAAAACUAAAGGAAGCCAAACUUUACCUCUCUACAGCAUGCCACAGAAAGAUUUCAGAAGUCAAACGAGCUGGGAGACUGGCGUGGCCUCCAUGAUGCAAAACAAGGUCCAUGCUGUCUGCAAUGAAGGUCACAGUGGAGUAAACCAGCUGGGAGGUGUGUUUGUGAAUGGGAGGCCUUUACCUGAUUCUACCAGGCAGAAGAUAGUGGAGCUGGCACACAGUGGAGCUCGCCCUUGUGACAUAUCCAGAAUACUACAGGUGUCUAACGGCUGCGUGAGUAAGAUCCUGGGCAGGUAUUACGAGACCGGUUCAAUCCGUCCUCGAGCCAUAGGAGGGAGCAAACCCAGGGUGGCCACCCCGGAGGUGGUUGGAAAGAUUGCUCAUUACAAGAGAGAGUGUCCGUCCAUUUUCGCCUGGGAGAUCAGAGACCGACUGCUGGCAGAGGGAGUCUGCACCAACGACAACAUACCCAGUGUUUCAUCAAUAAAUCGAGUGCUCAGGAACCUGGCCAAUGAUAAGCAGCACAUGGUCACAGUGGGGGCCGAAGGCAUGUUUGACAAACUCAAGAUGCUCAAUGAACAAACCACGUGGGGGGGACGCUCAGGGUGGUACACUGGGACAACGCUCCCUUCCACUGAGUGUCCACAGGCAGAGGGGGGGGACAACGCCGUAUCAGUCAGCUCUAACGGCGAGGACUCAGAGGAGACGCAGAUGAGGCUUCAGCUGAAGAGAAAACUGCAGAGAAACAGAACGUCUUUCACACAGGAGCAGAUAGAGGCCCUGGAGAAAGAGUUUGAAAGGACUCACUAUCCAGAUGUGUUCGCCCGAGAACGCCUGGCCAACAAAAUAGAUCUUCCAGAGGCAAGAAUACAGGUUUGGUUUUCCAACAGACGAGCAAAGUGGAGAAGAGAGGAGAAGUUGAGAAAUCAACGUCGUCAGGUGUCCAACUCCUCCAACCACAUUCCCAUCAGCAGCAGCUUCAACACCAGUGUUUACCAGCCAAUACCACAAUCUACUACACCAGUGUCCUUCUCAUCAGGAUCCAUGUUGGGAAGAUCAGACAGCUACAGCCUACCAGCCAUGCCCAGCUUCAGUAUGGCUGCCAGCCUGCCUAUGCAAGCAUCCAGUCAGAGCUCUUACUCGUGCAUGCUGCCCACCAGCCCCAGUGUAAAUGGGAGAAGUUAUGAGACAUACACUCCUCCACACAUGCAGCAACACAUCAACAGCCAGUUAAUGACGUCCUCUGCAACGUCGUCAACGGGUUUGAUUUCCCCUGGUGUCUCAGUUCCAGUCCAAGUUCCAGGAAAUGAAGCAGACAUGUCACAGUACUGGCCACGCCUGCACUGAUCCACUUCCCACAGCCAUGACUCUUGGCUGCAGUGAUCACCAGUGACGGCUGCAACAGGAAUGUAUGGGACAUCAAAGCAUGAGCUAUCGCUACUUCACAGCUUGAAUGUAAAAAGAAAACUGUCAUUGACUGAAACAGACUGCACCGCAGCAAAUGAAUAUGAAGGAAUUACUCUCAUAAAUGAUGAGAAAACAUUAAAACCAAAUUCUGGAGACAAGCAGGACAGUUUCACUACUCUUCCAAUUUGAAGGAUUUUAGUAUCACUACAAACAGGUUCAGCGACAACUGGAUCAAAGGUCUUGGGGAUCUCUGUCUCAACAUCACCCCCAGCUGCCGUUGAAAGUCUGGUUGGUGACGACACUUCAGCACAAGCUCAGAAAGAAAAGCUCUGGCCUGAGCUGUACUCAGGAAGGUGGCCCAUCCUUUGGCAACACUAAACUCCAGACAGGAAUAAACUGCUCAGUGUCCAUUUGGACAUUCUGUGGGAAGACAUAUUACCUCCACUUUCAGUUCCUAAUUUAUAUGAUGUGUUAUUUGUAGCAAAAAAAAUGUUGACUGAAACAUAAAGGGAAGAAUGAAACUUGAAGUUAACUGUCUGGUCCAGCCUGGAAUGUGUAUAGAAUUUCAGAAUGUGGAUUCUGGUGAUAAGUGUUUGGUAUUGUAAA